UAACUGCUGGAAAAGUUGUCUUUUUUGUAUGCCACAUGCAGUUUGGCUAACCUAGCUCUGGGACAGCCUUCUACUCUUUCACCAAUUCCAGGAGACACAAAGGCAGAACAAAGAAAACCAUCCUGUUUGUUUUUAACAAAAAGCAUUAAUUGCCUGCAGACCAGAUUUUGUUCCAUUUGUUGGCUUUUAUGACGAUCCUCCUCAUUGCUCUUUAGCAUUGACAGUCGUCAUUGUAAAAGGAAAUGGGAAUACCUGCCACCUCUGCCAGUGCAGUUGAACAGAUUAAAGAGCAGAAGGUUGUAGUUGAUGAGCUUUCUAAUUUGAAGAAGAACCGGAAAGUUUAUAGGCAGCAACCCAAUAGCAACAUAUUCUUUCUUGUAGACCGAACCGAAACACUAUCUCAGUGCAAAAAUAUGUUAGAUGAAUUAAAGAAGGCGCAUCAGGAGAUGGAAAAUUCAGAGAAGACUAAAAGCAAGAAAUAGUACAUCUGAAUUCAGAGUCACAAUGUGUGGUAUUUGUUGCGUU